AUGGGAGAGGAAAUUAGGAAGAUGUUACGGAAAAAGCGAAGUACAGCAAAGGGAAGGUUCCACAGAAUAUAUGGACUCCUUUUGGAGAAAAUUCAGGAUGAAGAGGAAUCAGAUAUUGUCAAACAGAUGCUCAGUGAUUUGGAACAGUCAUAUAAAGAUAUGGAAGUACGACAUAGUGAGUACCUAGAGAACUUUGAUUCAGAUGAUGAAAAUGAUAAACCAAAGAUGGACGAAGCAAACCAUGACAUGAACACUUUAUACAAAGAGCUGUGUAAGGCCAGGUCCCUUUGUCUCAAAUUAACUACCAAGAAAAUCACAUCGCAAGAGAAAUGCGUGAAAGAACAAUCCCUGAAAGUGAAAAAAUUAGAUCCGCCACACUUCAGCGGCAAGAUUAGAAAUUACCCGAGUUUUAAGUCAGACUAUUUUACUCACAUGAUUCCAACAUAUGGAAAAGAUCCCUUUGCUUUGAAGAAUUCCUUAUCUGGAGAGCCUUUUGAAAUUAUAAAGGGAGUAGAUAAUGACUUUGAGGAAAUGUUUAAACGUCUUGAUCUGAAGUAUGGAAGACCAGAAAAGUUGGCGGACACCGUUCUGGCCGACAUAAGGGCAUUGAAGGCAGUUCCUGAGGGAGACAGCACAAAGUUUACAGAAAUGGUGGAGAUAGUGGAGGGAUGUUGGUUGAUUCUGAAGCGGAUGGGUUUGGAAAAAGAAAUGGACAAUGCCACCAUGAUCAGUGAGAUUGAGAAAUUAUUACCCUCUAUCCAGAAGAGAGAAUGGGCUUUGCUGAAACUUAGACUGAAGUCUACAACGUUUUCUGAUUUGUUGAGAUUCCUUUUGGAUGAAAGAGCUGCAAUUGAAUAUAUGACUUCGGAUAUUCGAGAAAGUAAUAAUGGCAGUGUUUCUCGUAAAGGAAAAAUCCAUACUAUUACCAGCUCACACGAGAAAAAUGAGAAAUUUGACGAUUCCUUUGUCAAUGUUAUACAGAGUCAAAUGCAGCAAAAUGAACAGAAAAUGCAACAGGUGAUUGAAGGAUUAGCACAAGUGACAGAUGCGCUUCUUAAUGGAAAACAGAGGGGAGCAAUACACGAUGCUUCCAGAAAUGAUGUCUCUUUCAGGAAAAAAUGUUGGUAUCACGAGACUGACAAUCAUUCUAUUGGGGACUGCACCGGUUUUUCUGCUCUUGAUGGAGAAACAAAGAUGGAAUUGCUGAAACGAAACGGUGCUUGUUUUAGCUGCCUGAAAAGUGGACAUCUAUCAAAAAGAUGUAAUAAUAGAAAGCCCUGUGAAAUCACAGAUUUUCGUCAACAAAAAUGCGGCAGAUUUCAUCAUCCUUUCUUACAUGGGGUGAUAGUGAACGCGAGCGCACAUCAUCACAGUGUAAACAUUGUUAAUGAAGAGCAGGGAAAGAAGGGAGUCAUUCUCAUGAUCAGCAAAAUAGAGAGUGGUAAUAUCCCAUUGACCACCUUAUGGGAUCCUGGUGCUAAUAUUUCUCUUUUAACUUUUGAAUCCGCUAGGAAGCUUGGACUCAAGGGGCGUGAAGUGACAUUAUCAGUGACGAAGGUUGGAAACACAUCUGAGUGUAUUCAAAGCAAAGAAUACUUACUGCCACUGACAGACAUGUAUGGCAAGGUCUGGCAAGUUAAAGUAUAUGGAAGGAACAAAAUUACAGCAGAUAUUUCAAAGGUGGAUGUUCAUGGAGUUGUGAAAUUCUUUAAAGGGAUUAAAGAGGGAGAUAUAGUGAGACCAGAAGGAAAAGUGGACCUGCUUAUAGGAGCUGAUUGCUGCAUCUUAUUGCCUGAGAAAAUUGAUCAAAUUGGAAAUCUUCAAUUGAUGCGAAAUCAAUUUGAAUACUGCAUUAGAGGAAGUCACGCCAAGUUACGAGUACCUGUUACAACGGAGUCAAAUCUUGUGUGCAUUCAUCAUACUUCUGGAAGGAUAAUCGAACCAAUACGGUUAAACCAUGAGAGCCUUAAGAAUGCUGUUGACAAUUUUUUCGACAUAGAAAGCCUGGGAACGCAUUGUGUACCAAAGUGUGGAAGUUGCAGGUGCGGAAAGUGUCCACCUGGAAAUGGAAGCUACACGUUAAAGGAGGAACGAGAGUUACAUCUUAUAAAGGAGGGACUUCAGUAUGAUGAAGCGGGCAAGAACUGGACUACUACGUACCCAUGGAUUAAGGAUCCAAAGUCUCUCCCCAACAAUAUCAAUGCAGCGGUAUGUCGGUUGAAAUGCACGGAAAGGCGCUUAGAAAAGGCGGGAAAAGAGUACAGUGAAGCAUAUGGUGACCAGAUUGCGGAUAUGGUGCAGAGAAGCGUUGCAAGAAAAUUAACGGCUGAAGAGAUGCAAACUUAUGAAGGACCUAUCCACUACAUUCCACACCAUGAAGUCUUAAAACCAAAUUCCAAGACUACACCAGUGCGGAUCGUAUUCGAUUCAUCGUCCUCGUACAUGGGUCAUGUUUUGAAUGAUUACUGGGCAAAGGGGCCAAAUGUUCUGAACGACCUUUUAGGAGUUAUUAUCAGAUUUAGGCAAAGAAAAAUUGCAAUUGCUGGAGAUAUCACGAAGAUGUACAACGCAAUCAAACUGUCGGAAAGAGAUCAGCACACACACAGAUUUGUCUGGAGGGACUUGCAGAUAGACAGACCACCUGAUCAUUAUGUCUUAAUGUCAGUCACAUUUGGAGAUAGACCCAGCGGAGCAAUCUCUACCAUGGCCUUGCGAAUGACAGCAGAAAUGAAUCGGGAAGAAUAUCCAAAGGCAGCUGAAUUUGUUAUAAAAAAUAGUUAUGUGGAUGACUUACUCACUUCAGUGAAUACUGUUUGUGAAGCCAAGGAAAUAAUUCUGAACACUGAAAGACUUUUAAGCUGUGGAGGAUUUAAUGUAAAACACUGGAUUGUUUCUGGUGAUCAAGAUGACCACUUUGCAGGAUUGAAUGUGUUAUGUGCCGAGCAGGAAAACAUUCUUGGAAUGAUUUGGUUACCCAAAGAUGAUGUCUGGAUGUUCAAGGCAAAACUGAACUUUUCGCCAAAAAGACGUGGAAAGCAUACAGAGGAUGAUAUUGAGGAUGGACAAUUACAUCUAAUUCCGGACAGUCUAACUCGCAGGACAGGUUGCAGGCAUAUAUGA